AUGAUUCCCGAACAGAGCCACCUACUGAAUGAGAACCCCUUCGUCGAUGGCAACGACGAAUUCGAUUCACCAAUGAACGGCUCUUUAAGUCCAGUGUUAAGCAGAAGAGCAUCCAGCAUAUUUUCAAUGGACACAUCUCCUUUGCCUCCCCCAAAUGACACAGAUCUCCAAAAAUUCACUGAUGAUAACUUACAUUUUUCCAUGAUAAGAAACUUACAUUUAGCAGACUAUAUUACAAUGCUAAAUGGAUUCUCGGGAUUCUAUUCUAUCAUCAGUUGUCUCAGAUUUACAUUGACUGGGAAACCUCAUUACGUUCAGAGAGCACAUUUUUUUAUAUUUCUAGGAAUGUGUUUUGAUUUCCUAGAUGGUAGAGUUGCAAGGUUAAGACAUAGAGCCUCCUUAAUGGGUCAAGAGUUGGAUUCAUUAGCAGAUAUGAUCUCCUUUGGUGUGGCCCCUGCGACGAUUGCAUUUGCUAUUGGAUUCCAAACAACAGUAGAUGUUAUUGUACUUUCCUAUUUCAUCUUAUGUGGAUUAACCAGAUUGGCAAGAUUUAAUGUCACUGUGAAUCAAUUACCGAAGGAUGUUUCAGGGAAAUCUAAAUAUUUUGAAGGGUUACCAAUUCCAACAAGUUUAGUAUUGGUAUUGGGAAUGGCAUUAUUCGUGAAAUGUGAUCGUAUUUCUGAUAAUAUACCAUUGGGGAUCAUUAGAGAGGGUAAAUUUUUAGAAUUUCAUCCUGUGGUUCUAAUAUUUUUUAUCCAUGGAUGUGGCUUGAUCUCCAAGAGUCUAAAGAUUCCAAAAUUAUGA